AUGUCCUCCAGUGUUUCCAAGCGAUUCAUUGGUGCCGUCCAGGAUGAAUGGCAGCUCUUCAGUGACUGUUCAUCAGAUUACACUAUGGGGGCACCAAUUGGUUUCGGUGCCUCCUCCAUCGUCUAUGCCGCCAUAUUCAAUCCUCCAGAGGCUUCAAACCCUGUGCCUUGCGCACUCAAGGUCCUUGAUCUGGACUCCUUAUCGCUUCACACAUUCUCGCUGCUGCGACGUGAGACUCAGUUGAUGUCUCUCUCGAAACACCCCAACGUCCUCCGCGUCCGCGGGAGCUGGAUGGAUGGACACAAGCUCUACAUCGCGUUGCGUCUGAUGAACAAGGGCAGCGCCGCUGACGUCAUGCGCUAUGGCUGGCCAGGAGGCAUGGAAGAGGAGGUUGUCAAGUGCAUUCUCAAACAAGCGCUUGAGGGGCUCAACUACCUCCACGUGAACGGGUUUAUUCACCGCGAUGUGAAGGCGGCGAACCUGUUGAUUGACGACGAUGGAACUGUCCUUUUGGGGGACUUAGGCGUGUCCACGUCCCUUUCUGAUGACCACGACACCAGCCGGGCUUCGGGUGGAACAGACAACCGCGCGAUGCACUUUGAACCUCUCUCGGCUAACAAGGCUCCACACCUGAGCUCCCCUCAACGCCCUAAAAUGGGCAAAAGGAAGUCGUUCGUCGGAACGCCUUGCUGGAUGGCACCCGAACUAAUCCAAGGCAAGCAAUACGACUCGAAAGCGGACAUCUGGUCAUUUGCGAUUACCGCUAUCGAGCUCACCCAGGGACGACCUCCCCGCUCACGGGAUAGCCCUCACUCUGUUUUACUAAACACUGUUCAGGGCAAACCCCCCACCCUUGAUCGUGAGCACGGCGUGCAUCAGUACUCGCGCGCUUUCAAGGACAUCGUGGACAGCUGUCUUAAGAAGGAUCCAUCGCUUCGACCCACAGCAGAGCAACUGUUGCAAACCCCCUUCUUCAAAUCCGCGAAGAAAAAGUCUUACCUCGUGAAUGCGAUUCUCAACGACCUUCCUCCGUUGACCAUGCGUCAAGAACGUCGUAGGCGUGAAGGGAGCGUGAUGAGUCAUGGCACCACCGAUUCCUGGGAUUUCAAUGUUACCGCAGCAGGAUCUCCUGUGGCUUCUAUCAUUGGCGCUUCCACACUCAGUGGGAAAGCCUUACAGAGGCUAUCCAAAGUGACUUCCGUCCAUAGCGCGAAGAGCACGGACGGCCUCAUCGUAAGCAAAGCACGCUCGAAUACCGACUCCGUCGGUGGAGAACAGCGUUCCCGUUAUCGUGGUAGUAACGGUAAUCAAGAGGAUGGAAUUGGCGCAGGCUUGCCUUCUCGUUCCAAGCCCCGGGCGGUGCCUGGCCGUAAUCCAUCGACGACGGUUGCGAGGAAAGUGGAAGACGUUGUCAACACAGACGAAUUUAUAGGCAGCCAUUUGCCCACUCUACCGCCUCUUUCCUCUUCGCCAACGGACUCUUCUGAGUCGAGUGCUGCGUCUGCCGUGUUCCAUUCGUCCAAUUCCUCGCUCUCCGCCAUCGAGGCGGGCUUGCCCUCUCCUCUCCCAGACCAUCCACUAACACAACCGACAACGAUUCCUAUCCGGAGCGGAUCGUUUUCCUGGCGUCGUAAACCUUCUUUCGCAUCUGCAAUGUCUACCUCGCCUUCCUCCCUUCCUUCUGCUGGAACUACUGGUUUCUGGAAGAAGUUGACAAGAUCAAAUACGAGGACUCUAGUGGCUGAAGAGGACAAGCCACCAAGUGGAUUAGCGCGUAUGCUCAGCAAACACGGAGUUGAUCUCCGCUGA